GAAACAAUUAAUGUAGAGAGAAGUGGUUGUAAAUAAAAUACAUGUACCAAUCCCAAACAACCUCAUUUUCUCUUCCCCUCUCAAAUUUCAACCUCACUUGAUAGUUCAGUUUACAAUAUCUUCUCCCUCUCUCAGUGUUGCUAAAACGCGUUAUAAAUUUUCUCCAUUUUUGUAUCUUCAUCAAAAUAAUCCCCCUUUGUUCAUGUCCAUUUCUGCUCAUGAUUAUACAAGUAUUUGUUGCUGAUCAUCAAGAGAAUCACACAUUCAAUUCACUGCAAAAACAUCUAGAUUCUCUGAUUCUUCUCUUGCACAAGUCUUGAUUCUCCCAUCAACAAAAGAUUGAAUCUUUGCUCUCCGAUCAAGAACGACCGAUGGCAAACAUCACGGAAGCCGAACGCCACCUCGUUGCUGCGUCGUAUCACCUGCUGAAGGCCCUUCAAGCAUCAAGGGUCAUAGGCAACGAUGCCGGGGGGAUUCUAGACGAGCUCGGCCUCCGUUUGUCCACGGUGAUCAAGCUCAAUGAUGAUCAGGCAGAGAACAUCAAAGAAAUCGAGACGAGGCUCAUCACGUCCCACCAAGCCAUCACCUCUCUGCACUUGAGCUACUCGAGGAUCUGGGCUUCCGGUCCGGUGAUAAUCUUGGAAUACUUGCAAGCGGUCCGCGAGGUGCAGGGAUUGACCGAGACUCUCGAAGGUAUGGCGCUGAAUCGGACGAGUAAGGGAGUUCUUGAUCAAGCGAAAACUACUCUGUAUAUGGCUAUGGAGAGGCUCCAGAAUGAGCUGAUCCAGAUACUUGUGCAGAACAGACAGUGCUUCGAGCACGAGUACACGUCCUCGCUCCCAGUUUUCGAAGUGUAUCCGAUAUACGAGGAGUCUGUCAUCUCCAACGACGAUGAUUCGGCCGAGGACGCGUCUCUCAAGGGACGCAGCAGCUCGGAGACCGAGGAUUGCGGGAUGGAUCUGAUCCACCCGGACGUUGUCCCUCAAAUCAAGUCAAUCGCGGAUACGAUGUUCUCCUCGGGCUAUGCUCCAGAGUUCUGCUUGGCCUUCACCGCCUUCUGGAAGGAUGUAUUCGCGGAGCACUCGAUGAUCCUCUACGUGGAGCAGCUCAGCAUCGAAGACGUGAAGCAGAUGGAGUGGAAGCAGAUGAACUCGAAAAUCAGGAAAUGGCGUGUGGCGAUGAGGAGAAUCAUCAGUGUCUAUCUUGGCAGUGCCAAACGGCUGUUUGACCAAGUUCUCGGAGAAUACGGCCAUGUCAGCUCAGCUUGCUUGCUCGAGGCUUCAAGGGGGCCUCUCUUCUGUCUCUUGAAUUUCGGCCACGCUGUUGUGAUUGGACCCCACAAGCCCGAAUGGCUCUUCUGCUUGCUCAAUAUGUACGAGGUUUUAGCUGAUCUCAUCCCGGAUUUGGAUGCUCUGUUCCCACAAGAGGCGGAGUCGUUGAUCAGGAUUGAGUUCCACGAGCUUCUGUCGCAACUAGGAGAAUCUGUUCGAACCAUUAUCGAAGAGCUAGGAAACCGCAUUGCAACAUGCACUUCUGCUACCCCUUUCCAAAAUGGAGGGAUUCACCACUUAACAAAGUACCUCAUCAACUACAUCUUGUGCUUCGCUGAAUACGAAGAUACGCUUCAUUUCCUUCUUCAAGAUCAAGAGCACAACCGAGAGCAUGGAGAUGAAGAGCGGAGCACGGUUGCCCGGGUGGAUCCCAAUCCCUCUUGUGCCUUGGCAGCAUACCUGCAGUCACUCACAUCGAUUUUAGAAGCAGCCUUAGACAAGAAAUCGAGUUUAUACAGAGAUUCUUCCUUGAAGCAUAUUUUUUUGAUGAACAAUAUCCACUACAUGGUUGAGAAGAUCAAGAAUUCUAAAAUCUGCCCAUACUUUGGGGAUGAUUGGAUCAGAAAACACAUUGUGAUGUUCCGGCAGCAUGCAAUGUACUACCAAAGAACGACGUGGAGCUCUUUACUAACCUUUCUUCGUGAUGAUGGGAAAACCGGGAAGGCAGCUCUAAAGGCGAGAUGCCAAGAGUUCAACGCUGCUUUUGAGGAUCUGUACAAGAGCCAGACAAGAUGGGUUGUCCCGGAUCCUCAACUCCGUGAAGAUGUGACAAUAGCAUCUUCCAAGACGGUUAUCCAAGUGUAUCGCAACUUUGUCAAUAAGAUCAUCAAUUCUAUUGGCGAAAAGCACAUCAAGUACACCGAACAGGAGUUGGGAAUGUACGUCAUGGAUCUUCUUGAAGGAUCAUCGAAGUCAUUGAGCCAUUCUUGGAAGAGGUGACAUGGAUGGUUUCAAAUGCUUACAUUCUUCAUAGUUUUUACAAAGCUUUUGUCUGUUGUUCUGUAGUAUGCAUGUUGUCUCGACUGCUAACAUUCUGCAUUUUGUAACAUUAGCUGUGCAUUAUAUUCUGUCGACAAAAGAUUUGUAGGGAAAUAACAGCAUAGAAUUACCAUCAUGAGCUUACUCUCGAUAUGCUUCUGAAUGAGAUGGCCUUCUGACUA